GGUCCCAGCCUGCCAGCAGAUCACCUGCAGGCCGGACCAGGCCCAGAGUGCCGCCACCGCAGGAGCGGAGCCCUCCCCUGCCCGUCGCAGGGCCCGGGCCUCAGCCGUCCCUCUCCAGCCGGCACCAAUUGUCCCUGCAGUGUGAGCAAGCCCCCGUGUCCUGCCCCAGCGUGGCUGUGCCGUGGCUGGCAAGCUGAGGUCACUGGUACCCAGCCCAACACUCUCCUUGGAGCUUGUCCUCACCGCCACGCUCACGCCACAGGAUUCAAGAGGCAGAAGCACUUUACAUCCCCACUGAAGAAGGAGAGAGGCUGUUCCCUGAGCAUCCUUGCGGCAUCAUGACUCUCGAGGCUGACUUUAACACUGCUGCAGAAGAUGUAAAAAAGUUAAAAACAAGGCCAACUGAUGAAGAACUGAAGGAACUAUAUGGAUUAUACAAACAGGCUACUGUUGGAGAUAUUAAUAUUGAAUGUCCAGGAAUGCUAGAUUUGAAAGCCAAAGCCAAGUGGGAGGCAUGGAACCUGAAAAAAGGUUUAUCAAAGGAGGAUGCCAUGAAAGCCUAUAUUUCUAAAGUAAAAGAAAUGGUAGAAAAAUAUGGGAUCUAGAAUAAUCAAAAUAAUUCCCACUAACAACUAACCCUUCAGUAGCUAAUGAACUAAUGCUGUUGAGAAAAAUACAACACUAACUCCUUAACUCCUCAUUGUGUAGUCUGACGGUAAAAUCCUUUAAUCAUAAGCUGGUUGACAGUAAAGGGUAUUUGCAUACCCCCUCUGUAUUUUAGAUUGUAUCUUAUUCUAAAUAAAUUUAAACCUAAUAAAUUAAGCUUCCUGUAA